AUUAUUAAUGACACGUCUAGUUGUAGUUUGUACAAUUUUCCUGUUAUUGAAUACAACUUAGGCCUACUUUAUUGAUAAAGCACAUCGUCAAUAGGCAAAUGAUUUGAUUUAACAAUUUAUUUCUGGAUUUAUACAAAAUUAUGAUGCAUUAUCUGCAGAAGGACUUGAUUAUAUAGGUAAUAUGAGACUUGCAUUUAAUUAUUGGAUUACGAAAUUAAAAGUUCAUAGUUUUGAAUAACUUAGUGUAAAUUAUUGAUUUAAUAAUAAUAGGUGAAAUUUGACAUUGAUCAUGAUAUUUUAGAAAUCUAUUUACCUUCGGUAAAUCUAGAUGUAAUAAUAGAAGAUUAAUAUGUCAUUCCUACAAAAAUUGAAAAGUAAUUUAAAUAUGAUAAAUUUUAGUUUGAGUGCAUCAAUAAUCUUUAAUAUUGAUUCUCAUCAUUUUAGAUGCACAGGAGUAGAAUUUGAUUAUGAAAGUGUUUCUUUAGAUACUAAUAUAGUUGUCCAAUAUUUUAGUAAAAUGUUGUUUUCUCUUGAUAUGUUAAAAAAUGCUAUAAAAACAGCUGAAAUGCCUAUAAGAAAUGUUCUUAUAUAAGCAAUUAGAGUAAUAAUAAUUUUAUAAAUAAUUUAGAAUAAUCAUGAAAGACUAGCAUUAUUAUUAAUGAAUUUGAGAAAUGGAUAAAUCGAUGUGAAUAAUCUCUUAGCUAAACUUCCAGAAGUUCAUCAUACUAGAAUAGAAAAUAGAGAAUAUAUUAUAAAUCCUCGAACUCUCUUUGGAUAUGUAUCUUUGAGAGAGAAUGAUAAGAAAGACGAUUUAUGAAAUAGAG